AUGGAAUUUCGCUCGCGUAAAGUGAAGUCCAAUGAGCAAUUUGACACGCGUCAGUUGAAUGGCGCGCGUCACCUUUACGGGUCUAAACAGAGCGAGACCGCGAUGAGCCCAGCCCCCGCGGCCCCCUCGGCCCGCGACAAAAACAUCGCUCACUUCGCCCACAGCAAACAGUCGCUCGCUGACAGUGGAAGGACGUGUACGUACGAAAUGGAACGUGAUCACAUCGGUGUUUGGGGCUCUGGGGAUGGCCAACCCAACAGCAAACUGUCUGGCCUUGACCGCCUGAAACAUCCCGGACUCAACAAGGGUAUGGCCUUCUCAAUUGAAGAGCGUCAAGCCUUAGGUAUCCACGGCCUGCUGCCUCCCAGAGUGAAAAGCCAGGACGAGCAGGUGCAGCUUUGCAAGCUCUCUAUCGACAGAUACGAAGACCCUCUCAAUAAAUACAUCUACCUUAUGGGACUUCUUGACCGCAAUGAGCAUCUCUUCUAUCGUUUCAUCGGCGAGAACGUAGCGGAGAUGAUGCCCAUCGUGUACACGCCGACCGUGGGCCUCGCCUGCCAGAAGUACGGCCUCGUGUACCGCCGCCCUCGCGGACUGUUCAUCACCAUCCACGAUAAGGGACACGUUUACGAUAUUUUGAAGAACUGGCCCGAGGUAGACGUGCGCGCUAUCGUAGUGACAGACGGAGAGCGUAUAUUGGGUCUGGGUGACUUGGGCGCGUGCGGUAUGGGCAUCCCCGUGGGCAAGCUGGCCCUCUACACAGCUCUCGCUGGCAUCAAACCACAUCAGACUUUACCCAUUACUCUUGAUGUCGGUACAAACAACCAGACAAUGUUAGACGACCCACUCUACAUCGGUCUGCGCCAGAAGCGCGUGCGCGGCGCCGCCUACGACGAGUUCAUAGACGAGUUCAUGCAGGCCGUAGUAAAGCGCUUCGGGCAGAACUGCCUCAUACAGUUCGAGGACUUCGCCAAUGCUAACGCUUUCCGUUUGCUCGAGAAGUACCGUGGCAGGUACUGCACGUUUAACGACGACAUCCAGGGCACGGCGUCGGUGGCGGUGGCGGGGCUGCUCGCCAGCCUGCGCCUCACCGGCAAGCGCCUCUCCGACAACGUCAUCGUGUUUCAGGGCGCCGGCGAGGCUUCAAUAGGCAUAGCAGAACUAUGCGUGAGAGCCAUGAAGAAGGAGGGUACGUCGGACGCGGAGGCGCGCGCGCGCAUAUACCUCGUGGACUCCAAGGGGCUGGUGGUGAAGGACCGGCCCGAGGGCGGGCUCAAUGAACACAAGCUGCACUUCGCGAAGGACUGUCCGCCCAUCAGGACCCUGGCUGAAGUGGUCAACGUUACGAAGCCUUCUGUGCUUAUUGGCGCGGCGGCGGUGGGCGGCGCGUUCACGGCGGACAUCCUGCGCGCGAUGGGCGCCAACAACGAGCGCCCCGUCGUGUUCGCGCUCUCCAACCCCACCAGCAAGGCGGAGUGCACCGCCGAGCAGGCCUACUCAUACACGGACGACCGCGCCAUCUUCGCGUCUGGCUCUCCGUUCCCGGACUACCGCACGAAGGACGGGCGCGUGCUGCGGCCGGGGCAGGGCAACAACGCCUACAUCUUCCCGGGCCUCGCGCUCGGCAUACUCGCCGCUGGCAUCGUCGACAUCUCCGACGACUUCAUACUGCUCGCCGCUGAGACGCUGGCCGAGAUCGUGUCGCAGGAGGACCUGGACGCGGGCAGCCUGUACCCUCCGCUCGCCGCCAUACAGGAGUGCUCCAUCAAGAUAGCCAAGAACAUCGUCAAACACGCGUACACUACUGGCAAGGCGUCGGUGCAGCCGCAGCCGACGGACGCGGAGGCGUUCGUGCGCGCGCAGGUGUACGACGUGCGGUACGCGCCCGCGCUGCCCGCCGUGUACGAGUGGCCCGCCGCCGCGCCGCGCGUGCACAUGAUG